AUGAACCGAGAUCAACAGCAAGGAUCUAGCACGUCGAGCUCGACGCAACCGACGAACAAACCAGCACCGCAAAUGUCAUACCUAUGUGCUGACUGCGGUACGGCAAAUGAGAUAAAACCCAAAGAACCGAUUCGAUGUAAAGAAUGCGGUCAUAGGAUAAUGUACAAAAUGCGGACUAGAAGAACCGAUUCUUAUGAAAUAUACAUGUCUAUUUUUGCAAGUAACGGUUUGACGCGCAGAGCACAGCCAGCCAGUUCGCUACAUUACCAAAGACCGGCCAAUUCAUCGCUUAACCUAGCUCAUUUCUCUCUCAGAAGAUCAAGACAUGUUUUAUCAUUUGUGCUUAGUCCACGCUACUUCAGCUCUGAUCAACAAACCACAGAAAGGAAAAAAUCAGCUUCACAAGAGGCCAAGGAGAUAGUACAAAAAUCGAAGGAUAUUCCAGUAAAGGAAAACAUACGCACACUUCCCAAUUUUCUCACGCUUACAAGGUUGUUAGUAAGUCCAGUCAUUGGAUAUCUGAUACUAAACGAAAACUAUAAAGUUGCUCUUGCCACACUCUGUUACGCUGGAUUUACCGAUGUGCUUGAUGGUUAUAUAGCGCGUCAAUAUAAUAUGCGCACGACGAUUGGGACAAUCAUAGAUCCUGCUGCUGAUAAGAUGUUGAUGACAAUUAUGACUGUCAGUCUGGCUGCUAAGGGGUUACUACCAACCCCAUUAGCUAUCAUUAUUUUAGCCCGAGAUGCAGGAUUAGUUAUUUCAUUUUUUUACGAUCGCUUCAUCACUUUGCCUCCACCAAAAACAUUAUUACGAUAUUUCGAUAUUUCGAUUUCGUCGGCUGAGGUCAGACCCACUUUGAUAAGCAAGGUCAAUACAGCACUUCAAUUAGCUCUCGUGGGAGUCACUUUAUGCACACCAGCCUUCAACUUGCCAAUUACGCUUGGAUUAACCGCAUUACAAUAUACCGUCGCCGCGACAACAAUAUGGUCCGGAUUGAGUUACGUCUUCUCAAAGGAUGUGAUCAGAGUUCGCAAACCACCCGGUAACGAUUCGGAUGAUCCAGUCAACUGA